UCAUCAAAUAUUUUUAUCACAACAACCUCCCAAAACUACAUAAGAGAAGUGCUAGCAUAUAUAUCUAUAUAUACACACACAUAUACACUGAUACGUACAUACAAAAUUAUGGUGAAGUUGGAUGGGAAAUUGUGGAAAGCUGUGAUUAUGAUGUCAAUUAUAAACAUUGCGCUAAGCGGUGUAAACGUUAUGUUCAAGAAGAUGCUUAAUCAAGGAGUUAACCGUAUGGUUGCGGCCACUUACCGACUUGCCGCAGGAACUCUGUUCUUGACACCAUUAGCUAUUUUCUUAGAAAGACAUAACAGGCCAAAACUCACUGGUAGUAUCUUGUGUUCCCUUUUCUUAAGCGCUCUCCUGGGGACAAGUUUGGUGCAAUACUUCUUUCUAAUUGGACUACAAUAUACGUCUUCCACUUUCGCCUUAGCGUUUAGCAACAUGGUUCCUUCGAUCACUUUUGCUAUGGCUCUCGUCUUUAGGCAAGAGACGUUGAACAUCAAGAACAACAUAGGAAGAGCCAAAGUGUUAGGCACAAUGAUAUGCAUCUGUGGAGCUUUGGUACUUACGCUUUAUAAAGGAGGCUCAUUAACUCCACAAAACGCUCAAGCAGAAACACAAACGUCAAAUAGUCCAACUACUGCGGUAACGCAAAAAUGGGCCAUGGGUUCGGUCAUGCUGAUCAUAUCAAUCUUAAUAUGGUCAUCGUGGUUCAUUGUUCAAGCCAAAAUAUGCCGGAAGUAUCCAUGUCAAUACACAAGCACCGCGAUCCUCUCUUUUUUUGGUGUGAUCCAAUCUGCUUUGUUGAGUUUGAUCUCGGAGAGGAGCAUAUCCAUGUGGGUCGUUAAAGAGAAGUUCCAAGUUUUAGCUUUACUUUAUUCGGUAAGUAAUAAUAUUACAUUUAAGAUUCUUAUAAAUUAA